AUGCUUCUGAUUGCUGCCUCGCUCCCCACCAGCCUUGACUACGAGAAGCUGGCCGAGGGCAUGGGUCCCGAUUGCUCCGCCGAAGGCGUCAAGCAGCACAUUCGUUCUCUGAAGAAGCGCGCUGAGGCUGCGGCUGCUGAGCCUGACAAGGACGCUGAGGCCACCGAGGGCUCCGACGAUGUCCCUGCCACUCCCAAGGCCACCCUUGCCAAGGGCACCAAGAGCGGCGCGCGCAAGAAGGCCGCCCCGAAGGCCAAGGCCGCUGACAACGGUGAUGCUGCUCCCAAGCGCAAGCGUGGUCGUCCUGCUGCUAAGGCCAAGCCUGUUGCGGAAGACAACAAGGAGAACGAGGGCGAUGAGCCAGAGUCUCCGGCCAAGAUCGCCAAGACCGACGCGGCUCCUGCCGCCGAGGAAGCUUGA